AUGCUCCUGAAGGGGGAGAAUCUGGACCGUCUAGGCAACAACCGGAUGGCGGCUAUGCACCAAAACCGCAAAAUACCCCUCCAGUUCAGCAGGAUGCAGACGCUAUCUGUAGGCUCGAAAAGGGGGCGGCCUGCAGCCUCUUCGCCUCCCCCUGCAAAGCGGACGAAGGGGAAAGUUUCGUCAGCAAAAGAACACGGCGGGGUGGCUGGACACCCCAGCGUCGAUAGGGGCGAAAGCCAACAGCCUUCCGGGGAAGCUUCAGGUCUUUCUCCUGAUUCUUGGCUUGCCCCGUCUUCCGUCAGCCUACCUUUACACUCACCAUCAUAUUCGUCACUGUAUGCUCCUGAAGGGGGAGAAUCUGGACCGUCUAGGCAGCAACCGGAUGGCGGCUAUGCACCACAACCGCAACAUACCCCUCCAGUUCAGCAGGAUGCAGACGCCUCUGCGAGUGCCCGCCCCGCGGGUGUUUCAGUAGAUAAUACCCUUUUAAGCAUCAUACUAGGAUACUCUGGUGCAGCUGCGCCAGAGGAUCGUACUACUACAGCUGCUGCUGCUUCAACUGCUAGCAGUGGUGAUGCAGAGGGGCGCGUAGAUGCGCCAGGAGAAGGGGAAACCUCAAGUCCUAAUCUGGCUCAUCAUCGUUAUUAUCGGUUGCCUUCGUUGAUGCGGGGUGUCCGAAUAUCUCCUUUUGCACUCGAUAGUGAUCCGGAGUAUUUUAUAAGGCGGUCUCAGCUGAUGUUCACGUGUUUGUCGACCUUGCGUGAGUUGUUUCUCAAGGAGAAACUCGACCAGAAAGAUGCAGAGAAUGUUCGCUGUACUGCAGUGCGUCUAGCGCUGUUUAUGCUCAGGCGACUCGACCAGAAAGAUGCAGAGAAUGUUCGCUGUACUGCAGUGCGUCUAGCGCUGUUUAUGCUCAGGCGACACGCCGAUCCUCUGGACGAGUUGUCUCCGAUCAAGUUAGUCUCAUAUAUGGGGCGGCGAUAUAUGAUGUUAGAUGCUAUCUUCUCUGCUGUAUUAGUUUUGGGUCCUUCGCCCGAGGCGCUGGAGAACUGGCGGAAGUUCGCGAAACAAAUUCCCACGGAAGUAAAUCUCUUAAGCAAAAUAGGAUAUGCAGCGAUGUCUGACGCACACAUGCACAUGCUUUACAGACUGAAAAUAGCGCUGAACCAGCUAAAGAACGGCGUAAGACCUUCAGCAAGAGAUACCGUGGAGUUAAAGAGAUUCCUCAUAUGCGAUUGCUCACACAGCGAAUUCAGUAAACGUUCGUAUCUAUCCUGGAAAUUGGAUGAUGAGGCGUUUGAGCAGGGAAGAACUCGCUAG